CAAGUCACCAGAGCUAAAAAGAGAGAGAGAGAGAACAAACAUUUUUAUUGCCGAGUUCUUUCGUGCAGGCAACACUUCCUCUGUCAGUCUCAGGCUGCAAUUAUAACUGAGGGUCAGAGAUCGAUCUGUGCCUGAGAAGCUCACCUUUAUCACAACACUGCAACCAAAGGGGUGUACAUCUUCUGAACAAGAUUUCCCAAGCAAUCAUGACUACUUCACUGCUGUGGUCCGCCCUUCUGAUGGCCACCUUCCUGGGACCAGUGAAUGGGGACGCGAAUACCACACCUACUUCUGUCACUUCACAACAACCGGAACAACAGCCUGCUUCUACAUUAAAUCCCUCCUUUACAGUCUCUACAGAAGUAGUACAGUCUAGUACAAAACUAAUCACCACUAAAGUUACUACACCUGCAUUAUCCACCGCCUCCACAGCCAAGCCUUCAACGUGCUCACCGCUUCCGAAUUGUGACUGCUUACAGGACAUAACAGAAGGAAAGGAUACCAUUGCUUUACUGGCGUUCGGGGGUUUGACUUUAGGCUGUUUGAUCCUGCUGAUCACCACCAUGACGCUGGCUUGCAAACUGUGCCACAUCCAAAGGCACUACCGCGACUACCAGAUCUGCCACGUCGACGCCAGCCCGGCAAACGGCAGGGCGAAGGCCGAAGAGCUCAACGACUCCUCCAUCCUGAUGUCGGAGGUGUCCAAGGAUGAGAGGACAGCCAGAGACUCGGCAGAGAACAACCAAUCAAAGGAGAAGAAGGAGAAGGAGGAGGAGAAGGAGAAGGCCAACGGUGGCAGUGCCCAAAGCUCCGUGGAUGAGGCGGGCACCGCCAAGAGCGACGAGACAGCUGCGCCUGACAACUCGGACGCAAACGAGGGCACAGCCAACAAGGCCAAACAACCUGAGAGCAGUGGCGAGGAGACCACCAAGACCCCUGCUGCCACCGCCACCACCACCGACACAGACACGGACAACAAGGCCGAGGACGAGGCAGACGGGGCGAAGAGCGUGGAGGAAGAAACUAAAACAGAGGCAGCCACAGCGGAGAAGAGCACCACUGAAGCUUAAAGAUGAUGCGGGCCGGAUGCGGGCCGGAUGCGGGCCGGAUGCAGACCUUGGUUACGAUGCCCUGCAGUGUUACUGAGCCAACACGCUGGCCCUGAAUUCUGGAUGGAGAUUUCUUUAUUGUCUUCAUUUUCAUACUUCAAGUGUCAACAGCGCUAUUUGACUUCCUACCCCAUGGCUGGUUAAGAUGGCACUUACCUGUGAAUAUUUGUUUUUAUUUCAAUAAUGUAAUGUUGGCAUUGCAUAUUUUAAAUGUGUGCUUUAAUUCAGGUUUAUUCAAGGACAAGAAAUGUAAAAAAUCCUGAUGAAUGUAGUAUACAAUCAAGUAUAAUUAUAUCAUACUUUCUAGAAUAAACUUUUGUUUGCAGACAGAUAAAUCUAAAGAAAAAAUCUUCCAUAUCCCUUGCUAGAGAGGACAGACUAAAAUCAAAAUAAAUACUAAAAGCCUACAUCCACACCCGUGGAGGAUAUUUAAACAGGCCAUUAGGAAAAAAAGAUUAAAUUACGGGGAUGCCAGCAGUCUCUCCACACGUCCAUUUAGAAGACUGAUGACGCCUUGGUGUGUGUAAAUUCUACAUGUCCAAUUCCGUGUCCAUGUGUCCAUUUAAAAGACUGAUUGAUAGCCCUUCGAUCUGCUACAUAUUCUGCCCUAGAGCCUGGCGGCGUUAAUUGUGCGAGUCUGUAAGUCACUUCAUUUCCCCUAAGGCUGCAGAUGGGUAUGAGUGGAAAAAGUCUACAGCUCAUUUAUCUACAAAUGGAAGGCUGUUGACACAGGUACAGUGAGAUGUCAGAGGGUUUAUAUAUUGGAGUCAAUUCUCACAAAAGUAAUCUAUAUUUAUGGGGUUUAUCUUAGCAUAGUGGAAAUAGUCAAUUUCACUGCAUUCUCUGACAAUUUAACUGCAUUCUUUACUUUAGUAAUCAUAUGCAUGUUACAAAUAAACCUCUUUGUAUCCUUGUAUUAGUCUUAGAAGCUAUGUCAUUUCACACAAAGUCUUUUGGCUGUACAAAGUCUUGUUUUAAUACAAAAUGUUAUCGUUCUUUCAUUUAAAAUCUAUUUAUCUAAUUUUUCUGAAUUUCUUGAAGAGAAUUGCAGUACUGAGUACCUCUGCCUCUAGUACCGUUAUGAACAACAGAGAUGGGCCAAGCAGAGUCAAACAGGAUUUCUUUUGCCAGAUCGUGAUAUACAGUCCUUUAAGUGGAACACGGCCUGUUUACAUGAAUACAUACAUUCCAGCUCCUGGUCAAAGUAAACUGAAAUGUAAAGCACAUUCGGAUCCAUCCGGUCAUCAAGACCACAUCUACUGCCUCUGAAUAAUUGAUGGGUUACUGUACUGUGCGUCACAUCUGUAAAUAGGAGCUGGUCUUCCUGUCAGAGGUAGAGUUCGCUUUUCAUGACCUAUCUGCCACCACUUCUCCUUUACUUUUGCUUCCUCUUUUUUUAUUUGAUUCUUAUUUUCAUGAGACUGUAAUGAAAUGUAUUGUGAAAUGAAAGAUGAAGUCUGGGUAGCCCAGUGUGGGAGCACAUUUGACCACAUUGGAUUCCAUUGUGAGUCGUUCAUUAUAAUACACUUUAUUUUUUAAUCAA